ACACGCCACCACUGCACUACAGGCCAUGUUUCAUCCGUUUAUAACAGCUGUGUUUUUACAGUCAUAACAGAGCAUUAUCAUGAGAUGAUGAAACUCUUUAAUAACGUACUCACUGGGCCACUUUUCUGUAACUGUGAAGUUGAUGAUGAAAUACCUGCACGUAGCAUAUGCUGUACAAAGUCCCGUCAAUAGAUGAUGAUUGGUCCUCAUAAAGGUAUUGGGACAGAGAUGCUUUGUGAUAGGUGGAUUCCCCAGGGGAGGAAUGUGGAUGGAAAACUUCCUCAUAGCCAAUGGGUGGAGAUACUGGAGGAGGCUGUUAGUAGACUCUGACUUUCCUCCUGGCAUCAGACAGCGAGCAGCAUAUUUUGGCUCAACGGUAUCUAAACAAAUAUCAGAAUAAGCAGCAAGUCCCCAAAAGCCAAAGCACAGUCUACUUUGUGUGUUCUAUCUUGUGGGACUUUCAGUAUGCUGUACACAGAGCUAUUGAAGCUGUGGGAUGAGUCAGUGCAGGCCGUGGAUGCCAAGGACUGGCACAAAGCCCUGAACAAACUGGAACAGAUAAGAGAACCCACAUCUCGCAUUCUGUUUAAUGCUGCCUCAGUUAAUGUGGCCCUGGGGCAGCUGGACCAAGCCCUCAAGUCUUUAGACCUCACCAUUGCAAAGGAUGAACGACUUGCUGUUGGCUUCUUUCAGAGAGCAGCAGUUAUGAUGCAGAUCAAUAGGUUGGAGGAGGCUCUUUCAGACUGUAUAUGGGCACAGAAGCAUAUGCGAGAAAACAUGGUCAUUGACUACAAACAGCUGGGCCUGCACUUCAAACUACACAACUGGCAGGUUUUAUAUAACGCAGCAGCUGUGUACUGUCGGAUGGGCCAAUGGGACGACGCAAGGGCAGUUCUGCAGUCAGUUUCUCAGGAGAAAGGCGUAAAUAUAAAAGUGGCCCUGGACAGCAUCUUGAAAAGGGAGGUCCUGGCUCCUCUUCUUGUUCCUGAGGGGAAGGUAUUUCGUCCCAGGAAACAGGAUGUGGAACAGCUGCAGCAGAGAGACUUCCUGGGCAAAGCGAAGGUUAUUUCUUCCACAAUUCCUUAUGAUGAUUUUGGAGGAUUUGAACCUCUGAGGUUACAGAAGCCCGGCUUCUAUGAGCCCAAGGUUGAUGGAGCUCAGGAUUCCCGAUACAUGCGCAUACAGGUCCCUUACAUGGCGAGGGGUCCAGACCAGCUGACUGUGCCUGGAGGGGCGGUGGUGUUUUUAUUUGGAAAGGAGGACAGAGAUGGGAUGGCAACUGUUAUAUACGAUGGAAAGAGAGGGCUUCUGCCAGUGUCUCUGCUUGAAUCUGCAGAUGUAAAGACCUGCAAAGGCAGAAAGGAAAAUAGAUUACCCAGUGGAAUUCCACUCCCUCCAGAACUCAAACCACCGGCCCGUCCAAAGGUUCAGCUUGGUUCUGCAGCACCUCCUCAGGUACAUUAUACGUCAGACACGCCACCUCCAUCCUACAAGAACGCCACCCGCACCCUACCGUCAGCAUCAGAGCCUGGUACAAGCACUGCUGACGCUGAACAGACUCCUUAUCCUCAGAACAUCCGAUCAGCCCAGGAGGCAGAGGCAGGAUCUGUAGUGGUGAAGGUCCACUACGUCUACACUGUGGCGCUGUCUGUUUCUGUGAAUAAGCCUUACAGUGAACUGAAAGAGGAAUUAGCGCAGAGGUUUGGACAGCCUGCGUCACACCUCCGCCUCCGCCAUAAGCCACAUGGUUCUCAGACACUGAUUCCUCUGGAUCAGCUGCUGGAGCCAAGCGACACCAUACAAGAACUGACUGAGGCCAACAGAAUCACCCUGUGGUGUCAGAAGGAAGACCCUCUGGCCAAUCGUACCAUCCUCUAUCAGAUGGCAGCCCUGUACGACUAUGCUCCUCAGGGCCCUGAGGACUUGGAAUUCAGCGAAGGAGACACAAUUGAUGUUCUGAGCAAAGUUAAUGAGGAGUGGCUGGAGGGACACUGUGCAGGGAAUAUCGGCAUAUUUCCCAGCUGCUUUGCCUAUAGAGGGAACAACGCUGAGUCUUAAAAGCAAUUUACUGCGCAUGUCUAAAAGACUGUGAAAGGAAGUCAGAGGACCCAGAGAGAACUGGCUGGUCAAGGCUGGAUUCCAGAUAAGUGCUAUACAUUAAGCCACCAUGGAUCUUACUUUGCAGUCAAUACGUAAAACCUUAAAACAGCUCUGUUUACUUUAGCACUGAAGUUACCAUUUUUGAUAAAGAUGUCCAGGAAUUCAGAUACAGACCUGUAAGAGACUCAAAAGCAAAUAUGUUUAAAUCUGUCCUGUUGCUACUAAGCGCCGGGGAAUCUGAAAUAUCUGAGGUUAUGUAUGUGCAUCUGUGUGUGUGUGUGUGUGUCUGUGUGUAGCCAGGUGGUAACAAAUGCAAGCUUGUUAUCUUUGUUCCUAUCCAUAAAUGGCACUAAAGGGGUGCUGGGUGUUGGAGGGUGUUUUCAAAGCUCUUCAAAGAAGAAUGAAGUCAAACUUGGACUAGCCCCCCAUUUCACUCAGCUGUUUUAUGCGUUGGUUACUGUCAAAGCCAAAACGUUACAUGGACAGAAACAGAACAAGCGUGAUAAACUGAGCAAAAACAGACAAUGAUUAAUUAAUUAAUUAUUUCUAAGAUAGUCACCAAAUCAGAGCAUUAGCAUUGGUAGAGUUACUUUAUAAACAUUUACUGUACGAAUCCAUACUAUCUAUACCAAACCUCAACACAUAUAACGUAGUGUUGUUUUUUCUUCUGUAGCACAACAAAUUAAAUGUGUAAUGACAUAAUGUCAAAUUUUAUCUAAUGUAAUCUGAAUUAAAUCCCCAAUAAAAUAGUGAUGAAACCUUUGAAAGCACUGCUCUAAAUGUUGUUACCGCAGAUAAAGCAAAUUCAAGGUAGGAAAUAAUAAUAUGCAGGACUGGAUCGGAAGGAACUGCAUGUUAAACAUUGUUUGAGUGAUUCCUUUUUUCAGCAGCCAUUGACUCACUCAUCACCACUAGAGCAGUAGGAGUUACAACUGUUCAGUUAAUUGAAUCCAUCCUGUUUCCCCUCACUCACGUUGGCCCUGCUGUGACACUGUCAAGUCCCAUUUCCAGAUUUUUCCAUUUGUUAUCUAGUAACUUGUCUAAUCAAGUCUUUUGUAAUAUCAAAAAUUUCUUGGUUUGAUCUCGUUUUCAUGUUAGAUAAAGAUAGAUUUCCAAAGAUAUUUGGAAUUAUAUUUUUGAGCAGGUGCUUUGGAAAUGUUUUUUCUAGUAUGUCUUGCUCUUUAAAUUGAGUCUUCACUAUGUCAUUUUUGGAAAUUAUUAUUUGAGAUAUAAACAUUAAAUAACAUUAGGAUUACAUUACAUUAUAUUUUUUUAGUCUGCUUCAACAGACAUAAUGAAUAAGUCUUUCUAAACGAGACGCAAUAUUUCCACUUCUAAAACCAUGAGCCAAUUAGACAUGUUUUAUUAUUAUUAUUAUUAUUAUUAUUAUUAUUAUUAUUAUUAUUAUUAUUAUUAUUAUUAUUAUUACUGUUAUUACUAUUAUUUUAUAUUUUUUGGUUCCUAUUUGACCUACUCUUCAGAAUUCAGUUACUCAGCUCCAUCAAAUUUAAUACUUGUCAUUAAACUAGAAAUCUGAAUUUUCUUAGAGGAAUAUGUAAUAUAUUUAAAUACACGGAGGAAGCCUUCAUUUUGCUUUAGUAUUUCAACGAACACUUCAAACAGCAGAGAAGCGUGUUUUGAGAGUGUUUUGUGUUUAAUAUGAACAUAAAUAAUAAAUGUGAGAGAUAUUUAUUACAAAGUGACAUACCUCCUAUACAGAAGCCUGAGUUGAGUUAUAUGCUAUACCUUAGAGUUACAUUAAAGAGUUCUUGCUGAGGCCAGAUGACUAACCACUGCACCACUACACUGCCAUGUCCUGUUGGUGGAGGCCACAUUUACAAUGCUGUAGUCUCAGACGUCAGUUUGCAUUUUGUUUUAUAAAUAUUGUUUCAACCACCAUGUUGGUACCAAACGAGGAAAUGUUGGCUUUUAGUGCACAACUUACUGCCUGCAACUUUAACACUAUUAUCUUGUAGUAGUUACAACAUUUGUCACCAAACAGUCAAACAGAUGUUACAAGGUUCCAUUGAAGACUAAACUUAGAUAUUUAACCUUGCAGUGUAGCAGAGCUGGAUGCAGGUUUGCUGCCCUCUCACUAUAACCAACAAUAAUUCUACUCCCUUGCAGAUUUGAGUUUCUUUAUGUGUUGUCAGGAAACCAAGCUCAACAUCAUACAGGUUAGUGUCAGUGAUAUACUGUAUGUUAAAAAGCUUCCCAAGAUGCCCUGAUGAGGAAAAUGGUCAAAUAAUGCAGGAUCUAUAUCAAGUAGAAUGUAAAGUUGCACAUUCAAUAGUUAAAGACGUUCUUUUUCACAUAGCAUCGAUCCCAUAUUGCACAUUUGGUUUCAUUUGAACUCAAACUCUAUUUAAGUUCAUCAUUCACAUUCAGUAUAGGUUACAGUUGGUCCCCAGUCAUUUGCCUUUUUGAAAGGACUUGGACUGUGUAGUUGAAGGUCAUUUGUCCUUUGAGUUGCCCGUAUUUUCCUGUCCUCCACUUAAUGCCUUGAAUUCACUGACGGACUUGCUUCAGUCUGAGUGUUAGGAGGCUUUCUUGCUGCACAUUCCUGGAGAUUCCUGGAGGUUCAACUUCGAUCUGCACAGAAAACACACUGAUUAGAUGCAGCCUUGGUCGCUGGUUCGUCCAUCUCUAAAGUCUGAUCUUAAACAUGUUAUACAUUUGUACAUUUGUAUAUACAUUUCAUAUGUCCAUUACCUGUUGUGUGUCAUGUGACUCUUGACAAGAUGUCCAGCUGCCAAAGCAGCCAUCAGAGAGAGCUCUCCAGCCAGGACAGUGGCACACACCACUCUGGCAAGCUGCCGGGAAUUCUCACCUGGACAGUCCUGACUGGCUCCCUGCACACCCAGCAUCUGCAAAGAGCCCAAGAGAGAUGAAGAUUCAGCAACAGAGACCUAACGAAAUUAGACAGGUGGCCUGCUCAUACAGUACAGUUAUGUACUGUGCCCAAAGGGCAAAUGACUGAUAAGACCAGUGCUCUACAAUGCAGGGCUCCAUAUUUGAACCAUUGUAAUUACAUUUGUGAAAAACAAACAAAUGCGUGUGGUCCACACAGGUUGGUCAGUCAUUACUAAUAUCUGUAACUCUCGCUUCAUCCAAAUUUUUCCUCCUCUGACGUACUUAGACUUCUUCUUCCCCAUAGAUCAUGAUGACUUGAUGUAAAUAAUUAUGUCAUCUGAACCAUUAAAUAUUUAUAUAUUAUCAAUUCAAAGCUUUGUUUAACCAUAUCAGUCAACCACCAGUCAAAACGUCUGUUAGUUCCUCUUCUAGACAGACUUGUUGGAACCGUGCUUUAUGUGGUGUUCGUAACGUUCUGUUCCCACUGUUAAAUAUAAUUACCAUCUACUGUAUGCCACAUAUUAAUGUCAGGUACUCAAUUGUUUAUAGUCUAGUGACAAUUCACAUCCCAAAUUGUGUUUCUGCUCAGUCUUUUCAUCCUCUCUCCCUUCAAUGAAACUUUUAUGAACCAAGCAGCUUGGAUUUUCCCAUAAUGCUGUUUUGGCUUGAGACAGUACUAAAGAGGAAACAACCUCCCAGCACUACAUUUGUUACCCAUUAAUCUCCACCCAUGUACCUGUAGUUUGCAUCCAUGCUGUACGUUAUCAAAACUGCAAUAUAUUAUUAUUAUCACUAUAAAUAAUCUGAAAAGCUUCUGGCCUGGGUCCAGAAUCUGGAUCUGCUGGUGUAAGAGUCCUUUAUGCUGCUACCAGGAAAUACAUAGAUCAGAAAUUCAAAUUUUUUACUUACGUUUAUGUAACUCAAGCUUCUUCAACUGAUAAGUUACACAUUAAAGUGCAACAAGUUUUACUCAACAUGAACAGGCAAUUACAUUUUAGAGCAUGUAGCUGUAAAAAACAUCUACCUUGGACAGUGGAGACACAAGAUUUAAGAAAUUAUCUUUAUGACAGUAUGUUGUUUUUAGUGAAAAAUACAAUCUUUACAUGUCUAUACUGUAAUUACCACAAACUAAACUUAAUUAUUAUUUUUAUUAUUAUUGUUGGCUCUACAGGGUAACACUGUGGAAGUGUGUUUUAACCUCAUUCAUAUUUGUGUGAAAUUCCAUGACUCCAGUUUCAGGCCUCAUCUGGAUGACUGGGAGUUCUCAUUGAUAUUAACAGUAAAUAUAAUAUGCUGCCGUUACCUGUAGACAAGCUUUUUGGGGGGCCAGGUUGGUGCCCCCGCCCACAGUGCCUAGCUCAAUAGAAGGCAUGGAGCAGCUAAUGUACAGGUCCUCUCUUGUUGGUCCCGAGGCCUCCAUAAGGGUGAUGCAAUUACUGCUUCCUACUGACUGGGCCGGGUCCUGGAAUAGACAGAGUCACACACCUCGGUACAGGAAAACAAAGGUCAGGGCUAACAACAUGGAUACAGACGCAUCAAAUCACCUGUCCACAGGCUAUGUAGAUGGCAGCCACCAGGUUGGCUGAGUGUGCAUUAAAUCCACCAAUGCUUCCUGCCAUAGCGGAGCCCACUAAGUUCUUAUUAAUGUUCACGUCGACCAGAGCUUCUGUGGUUGUUUUCAAAACCUGGAGCACAGUGACAAGGAACCCACACAACAGAACUUGACAUGGUUUUAAUACAACAUAGGUUUAAAAAAUAAAUUAAUUAAAGUAUUCAAGACAUCCCAUAUAAACAGUGCUUAAACAGAAGUAUAAUGAAACUGUUGCAUCUGUCGACAGGUACUUUGGCCCAAACCUAUAUGUUUUUCUAUUGCUGUUACUGCAUCUGUACCAGACGCCAACAUCCCUGGAGCUUCCAAACUGUGUUUUCCUACCUCUCUGACCACUUUAGCAGGAAUGGUGGCUUCACAUACAGCAGACUUCCCUCUGCCUUCAAUCCAGUUAAUGGCAGCUGGCUUCUUGUCGGUGCAGUAGUUUCCACUCACAGCCAACAACUGCAGCUCUGGAAAGUGCUGCUGCAGUUUGCUUAGAGCCUGUUCUGUUCCCUGCAAGAAAGAGACACUUGAUUCUUCAAAUUGUACACAUAAUCAUCAUGAUCAUACCUGCCUGUGCAUCAUAAAAGGCUACCUUCGAAAUCAUAUUCAUCCCCAUGGCAUCCCCAGUCUUAGAAUGGAAGCGGAUGUAGAGGUUUCUCCCAGCCAGACCAACCAACAGCUUCUGGAGUCGAGCAAACCUGCCCAAUCAAUCAUACAUUCAGUAAAAACACUGUCGCCUCACAGCAAGAAGGGCCUAGGUUCCAUUUCCAGGGCGGACUGUUUGGAGUUUGCAUGUUCUCUGGCUAAUCAAGAGUGCAUGUUCUCUGGCUUCAUUCAGACAUUUUUGGAGUCACACAAACACCUUCACACUUUAAAUCAGUCUCAUUCAUUAUCAAUAGACCGUUGGAUAUUUUUUCUCUGUCACCAUCCAUUGUUUUCCCUAAGUGGUAGGACAGCUACACAAGACCUACACAAUAGUCUGUAGAGAGGUACCAUUUUCCCUGUUAACCAUAAUGUGAUUUGUUCUGAUAUUUGGGAGGAGAAGCAGAUCAUCCUUCUGAUAAGUGUACUAAAUAGUGAAAAUUCUAAGAUGAUGAGAAUGUUUAAACUGAGGUUUUUAUUAUGGGGUGAGAUCGCUAUCUUUAAUCAAGAGCGAAGAUUUUUGUUCAGAUUUUGUCAUGCUUGCUCUUAAAACCCUUUUAAAAAUGUCUCUGCUCACACUCAGAUUUGCUCUGGCUCUUGCUCAAAUCCUCCUUCUCGCUCUCGUUUCUGCUUUCUCUUAAACCUCUCAUACUCUCUCUCGCUUCAAACGAUGUCUGAUAAGCCUAUCAAAAAUCACAAGUCAAUAGGAGGCCAGGACUGCUGACCAAUGACAUUAUCGCUUAUUUUUCCUAUGCGAAAGAGAAGCAACGUGACUUUAGAACAAGUCUUACAAGGUCCGUGUAUCAAAAGUCAAAGUCAACUUUAUUGUCAAUUUCUACUAUAUGUUUUAGACCUAUAGAGAAUUGCACUCUCAAACCCCCGGUAUAAAACAAUGAAAGUACACAGAACACAGACCCAACCACAAAUCCAACCCCCCACCAAAAAAUAAGACAGCAGAAAGUGGACUACUAGUACAUGCGUACUUUAAUUUUAACUUAGUAAAGAGAAAAUAAAUAAAUUCAUCUGAGAUCAGUUGACUGCCGAGUUGUUGAUGUCUGACAUAGAAAUGGAACUACAUAAUAUAUUUUGUUGAAAUAAACCUGUCACCCUAUAAAGUAGGUCGCGCCCAACAAUAACAGCAUCAGGUUUAGAUUAUUAAACUGAUUAAACCAGUCAGACUGAUAAGUAAUCAAUUGCUCUUGGAGCUCAUCAGGUGCGGUGGGUCAAGACAGACACCAGCAGAGGAACGGCAACAACAGCAGAUUCUCUGUGGAGAUCCUCCAGUGAUUUCUUUAUUUCUCCGUGUUUCGUCUCACCUCUUUCUGUGGCUAGUGUGGGGAAUUGAAUGAAACAUUUGUUUGACAUGUGUUAACCAAAAUAAAGUCAGUUCCUUUUACGUUCUCUUUGCUUCUUGGGAAAAGUAAGCGUCAGCAGCCCUGGCCUCCUAUUGGCUGGUGAUUAUAUUAUUUUGGACUAUCUCGGGUUGUAGACAAGAGAGCAAGCGUGAGAUGAAUUGAGAGCGAGGAGGAGGAUUUGAACGCAAAAUCUGAGGGCACAAAUACAGAUUUGAACGCGAGCAGAGUAAAUCUAAAUGCAAGCAUAGACAUUUUGAAAGCGAGGGAAGGGUUUUAAAAACAAGCAUGACAAAAUAUGAUCAUUAAAUUGUUAAAGUGCGCUCGUGAAUUGAAAAAUUAUGCUCUUCAUUAAAGAUAGCAAUCUCACGCCGUAUAUUAUCAGCACAUACUUACAGCCAAAAUUCAAAAGUAAAAGCACAAAUUAAAAAAACUGAUUCUUAAAAUAAAUACUGGAUAAUUAUGUUAAUUUAGUUAAAACUGUUGUUCUUAUUCAUUAUCCUUUCAUCACUCCUUCAAGAGUCAGUUUCUUAAAUAAAUUCCAAUUGGUGUUCAGCUAAUCUUCACUGGACCAUUUUACACAUUAUCCAAUUUUAGACUCUUCUUUCUCAUCAUUUUCUGCAAAUGUUUAACUCCCAAACCUUUAGUUUUCAAUUCCCAUACAUUCAGCAUUUACAGUGUAUGUUCCUCAAACUUUUUCUAGUUGCAGUAUCUUAACCUUAUGUUUUACCUGCUGGUGUUGUCAAAAGCGUCCUUAAUGGCCUGAAAGCCGUCUGUGCUCUCCAACCAGGCCUUGACCUCAGCAGCCUGACAGGCAGAGGGCAGCCUUACGACGGGUCCUCGAGUCAUGCUGUCAGCCAGAAUGCGACUGUUGGCUCCACCUCCCAACUACAGAUCAAACAAUUGCUCGACAACCACGAUUGGUGCUUGCAACCAAGCAGCCCUCUGUCGUUGCCAUAGGAACCUGGAACUGCCUACCAUCCAGGUGCAGUGGUCCAGCCACUCCAACUGGUAUGGGCAUAUAACCAAUCACAUUCUCACAGCAGGUGCCCAUAACCUGGAAGAGAUAUUCAAACGUCAGACACAGCUUAACCAAGGGACCUCACACACUGAUGCAUCCUGCAGCCUCUUACACUGGAGUAGUCAUAGUCUGUAUAUGGGAGGAAGGACAGCGCAGUGGGAGAAGGGAGCUUGGCAGAUAUAAUUUUUCUUCGUAUGGCCACUCCUCUCUCAGGCCUCUCCAUCAUGGCCUCCAGUUUGUAUGCAGGGAUAUGUUUAGAAUUGACCAACAGCAUCACCUCAGCAUCACUCAGAAACGAAGGGCCCAGCUGCAAAUGAAGAAUAUAGUUACAGAUGCAGCAGAGACUCAGAGGCUUUUAGCCAGUCCAGGGUCAUGUGGAUCCUCACUGUACCACACUGCAACUUGAAUUGGUAACCAUACUUAUAAUCGUGGAGAUAAACAAUUGUAGACUGUUACAUAAGGUUUCAUGUAUUUAGUCAAGAAUCUAUUAAUUAUUGUGUUAGCACCACAAGUGAUCUUUCUGUAGGUUUUUCAUUAAGUUAUUAAUUCAUUCUUGUUUCAUGAAACCCCUCUUACUGAACAGCAAAUUAAUCAAACCUGUGUGAUUGUUGCACUUUGCCUUCUGAAUAAAUGAAGAUUGACUGGA